CGGCAAUCCUGCUUUCUCAGUGACCUCCCCAGGUGAGGCUGAUUCCUCCCUCCAGGUUCUAGACUCGCACUUGUCAGGCAUUUACUGUGCACAAUGCCCUGAGGGGCUGAUUCACUGAACUAAGGAUGCGGGUCUCCCAGCCAAAGUACUGACAGCAUCCCCUGCGUUCCCACAAUAGCAGCUGCACAGAGCAGAUGCUCCAAUCCUCCUGUGUGGCCAGGCUGGCACUUUGGGACAGAGUUCCUGAAUAAGAGCUUCUGGACGUCUCCUGCCCUCCCCUCCCCGAGCCCAGGCUGUGAAGACCUCAUCUGGCUGGAAAGGAUGGCGUGGGCAAAGUUCGGACGUUUUUCUCCCACUUGUUUCAUCACUGCCGAUCUGGAACCGAAGGAAGGCAGGUGCCUUUAGAGAAUCUUAUUGUGCUCCCCAAGAAUGCAGAGGAAAAGCAGACCUAAUGGCAGACCUUGAAGUAUAUAAAAACUUAAGUCCAGAAAAAGUUGAAAGAUGCAUGAGUGUAAUGCAGUCUGGGACCCAGAUGAUCAAACUGAAGAGUGGAAGCAAAGGCCUCGUCCGGCUCUUUUACCUGGACGAGCACCGCACCCGGCUGCGUUGGCGACCCUCCCGGAAAAGCGAGAAGGCAAAAAUCAUUAUCGAUUCGAUUUACAAAGUCACCGAGGGCCGGCAAUCUGAGAUUUUCCACCGGCAGGCGGAGGGGAACUUUGAUCCGAGCUGCUGUUUCACCAUUUACCAUGGAAACCACAUGGAGUCCCUGGACCUCAUCACCUCCAAUCCCGAGGAGGCAAGGACCUGGAUCACCGGCUUGAAGUACCUGAUGGCUGGAAUCAGUGACGAAGACUCUCUUGCCAAACGACGGAGAACCCACGACCAGUGGGUGAAACAGACCUUCGAAGAGGCCGACAAGAAUGGGGAUGGCUUGUUGAACAUUGAAGAGAUCCACCAGCUGAUGCAUAAACUCAAUGUGAACCUGCCUCGGAGAAAAGUCCGGCAGAUGUUUCAGGAAGCCGACACGGACGAGAAUCAGGGAACUCUGACGUUUGAAGAGUUUUGUGUUUUUUACAAAAUGAUGUCCCUGAGACGGGACCUCUACUUGCUGCUCUUGAGCUAUAGUGACAAGAAGGACCAUUUGACCGUGGAAGAGCUGGCCCAGUUUCUGAAGGUGGAACAAAAGAUGGCCAAUGUGACACCAGAAUAUUGUCUUGACAUCAUAAAGAAAUUCGAAGUUUCUGAAGAAAACAAGGAGAAAAAUGUUCUCGGCAUAGAAGGUUUCACAAACUUUAUGAGGAGUCCUGCCUGUGAUGUCUUUAACCCCUUACACGCUGAGGUGUUCCAAGACAUGGACCAACCCCUCUGCAACUAUUACAUCGCCUCCUCUCAUAACACGUACCUGACUGGUGACCAGCUCCUUUCUCAGUCCAAAGUGGACAUGUACGCUCGCGUCCUGCAAGAAGGCUGUCGCUGUGUGGAAGUUGACUGUUGGGAUGGUCCAGAUGGAGAGCCAGUGGUCCACCAUGGUUAUACCCUCACUUCAAAGAUCCUCUUCCGAGAUGUUGUGGAGACUAUUAAUAAAACUGCCUUUGUGAAGAAUGAGUUCCCGGUGAUCUUGUCCAUCGAGAACCACUGCAGCAUCCAGCAGCAGAAGAAGAUUGCUCGGUACCUAAAGGAAAUAUUCAGUGACAAACUGGACUUGUCAUCCGUCGACACAGGAGAUUCCAAGCAGCUCCCCAGCCCGCAGAGUCUGAAAGGAAAAAUUUUAGUGAAGGGUAAGAAGCUGCCCUACCACCUUGGGGAAGAUGCAGAAGAAGGGGAAGUUUCGGACGAAGACAGUGCUGAUGAAAUUGAAGAUGACUGCAAAUUUAAGCUCCAUUAUAAUAAUGGGACGACUGAUCACCAAGUGGAAUCUUUCAUAAGGAAAAAGCUGGAGUCACUGUUGAAAGAAUCUCAGAUCCGGGACAAGGAAGACCCCGACAGUUUCACCGUCCGAGCUCUGUUGAAGGCCACGCACGAAGGCUUAAAUGUGCACUUGAAGCAGAAUCCAGAUGUGAAAGAAAGUGGAAGGAAGUCUCACGGACGGUCCCUAAUGAGUAACUUUGGAAAACACAAGAAAACAACAAAGACCAGAUCCAAGUCCAACAGUACUGAUGACGAUGAGGAAGGACAGCAUAAUUCUUCCGGAAAGGAAGGUGGCCAGCUCUGCAGGCUUGGUCGCAGAAGGAAAACCAUGAAGCUGUGCCGGGAUCUGUCGGAUCUAGUUAUCUAUACCAACUCCGUGGCAGCCCAAGACAUAGUGGAUGACGGGACAACAGGAAACGUGUUAUCCUUCAGUGAAACAAGAGCCCAUCAGGUGGUUCAGCAAAAGUCAGAGCAGUUCAUGAUUUAUAACCAAAAACAGCUGACGAGGAUCUACCCCUCCGCCUACAGGAUCGACUCCAGCAACUUCAACCCCCUGCCAUAUUGGAACGCCGGCUGUCAGCUAGUGGCUCUGAACUACCAGUCUGAGGGGCGCAUGAUGCAGCUGAAUCGAGCCAAGUUCAAGAUGAAUGGCAACUGUGGCUAUGUCCUCAAACCCCAGCAGAUGUGUAAAGGUACAUUCAACCCUUUCUGUGGCGAUCCGCUGCCCGCCCAUCCUAAAAAACAGCUCAUUCUGAAAGUGAUUAGCGGCCAGCAGCUCCCGAAACCACCAGACUCCAUGCUGGGAGACCGUGGGGAGAUCAUUGACCCAUUUGUUGAAGUGGAAAUCAUCGGGCUGCCUGUAGAUUGUUGCAAAGAACAAACUCGAGUGGUGGAUGACAAUGGAUUUAAUCCCGUGUGGGAAGAGACCUUGACAUUUACCAUACAUAUGCCGGAUAUAGCUUUGGUUCGCUUUCUUGUCUGGGAUCAUGAUCCCAUUGGAAGAGACUUCAUUGGACAAAGAACAGUGACUUUCAGUAGCCUUGUGCCCGGCUACCGUCAUGUCUACUUGGAGGGGUUGACAGAAGCAUCCAUAUUUGUUCAUAUAACAAUCAAUGAAAUUUAUGGCAAGUGGAGCCCUUUAAUCCUCAACCCCAGUUAUACCAUAUUGCAUUUUCUAGGAGCUACAAAGAACAGACAGCUGAUAGGUCUGAGAGGCCUGUUCAAUAAGAACCCCAAACACAGUGCUUCAGAAAACAGUUCCCAUUAUGUGCGUAAGCGGUCCAUCGGGGACCGGAUCCUGCGCCGCACGGCCAGCGCGCCGGCCAAGGGCCGCAAGAAGAGCAAGAUGGGCUUCCAAGAAAUGAUGGAGUCCAAGGACGGCGUGUCUGAGGCGACCGGCUCGAGGGAGAGGGACGGGGUCCUCCGCAGAACCACUCGGAGCCUGCAGGCUCGCCCCGUUUCCAUGCCCGUGGACCGGAGUCUUCUGGGAGGGUUCUCCCUCCCCACCCCUGACCCAGCCAAAGACCCCAAAGACAAAGAAAAUGCUCUCGCAGAAAAUAAGGGCAAUACAGAAAGUGAGAAAUCCCAUGCAAAGGAACAAAGCUUGACAAAUCUUGAUAAAAUGUUGUCUUCACCCUCCGCAACUCUCCAUAAAAAUGGCAGCCAAGUGGAUCCUGUUGUUUCUCUUGCUAAAAAUGCGGUCGCCUUAGAAGAAGAAGCAGGAGCCCUAAACUAUCGUGGUGGGAAAGCCCAAUCCCACAUGCCCAUUGACUUUCAAAAGAAUCCGUCUCCCAAAAAACUCAUUUCACCAAGAAAACAAACGGGUAUCAAGCUUGUCGGGGACCCCCGGUGCACUACAAAUGAGAUAGGAACAAGGGAAAAUGCAAACACUUUUCCUCCUGAAACAAAUGGAACAUUGUUAGGAAAUUCCUCUUCUCAGAGCGAGCUGGAGAUUCUGAACGUUAAGGAAGUCGAUCGAACGCCGAGCAGUCCUGUGACUUCCUUUUCUUUCACAGACGUUUCUGCUGUUUGCUCUGAUGGCCACGACUUACAUUCCACUGCAAUUAUGCAAGACAGUGAAAUCUCACAUCUUAUAGACAAUGUCACAUUAACAAACGAGAGUGAACUUGGCAGUUCAAUCUCAGCACUGAUUAGCCAGCUGGAUGUUACCAAGGAUCAAACACAUCUCAGAGCUGUUCCAAGACUUCAAGGUACCAGUCAGACUUAUGGCGUAAUGUCAAAACAACCCUCCUUGCUGGCUAAUGACCUAAAAUCAACCCUCAGAAAUAAUCUUUCUAAGUCAAAGUCUGUGUGGUCAUCUCGGUAUUCCUCACCCGAGACAACUGUCUGCUCUAGCCCUGAGACGACGGAGUAUUCCACAUACACCAUCAUCCACGAGGCUAUUCUCACCCCAGUCACUGGGUCCAGAUUCAUGAAUGAACCUAAUGACAAAACCAAUUUCCAUGGCUCUCGUCCAUUCCCCUUGACCCAGAGUCCCCAGAAGAAUGGUGGAAAGACUUGGGGAAAUGGUGCCAUUUGUGGUAUCUCCACUUCCAGUGAUUUAACGCUAGGUGAUAUACUUGAUCACACCCUUUGUCAAAAUUCUGGAGAGAGCAGUUUAGUAGAAGUUGAAGAUUCGCAGAAUCUCUUGGUAACAGGCCGUGAGUAUAAGAGAGAGGGUAUGAAUCAAUUUGCAUCCCCUUUGAAAUUAAAGCAUGGCCAAGAGAUGGAUUCGCCCUGGCCAAGAAGCUCUGGAAAUGGCUUCCUCCAGCCAUCUCCCCUCAAACUUUCCAACCACAUUCAAACGCUAAAAAACCGAAGUAUUUCUUGUCCAGCUUAUCAGAGUGCCGGCUUUGUGUGUAACAAUUAUUUACGGUGUUCAGAGACCCCGAACAACGCAGCUGGUCUCCCCCUGGGAUCUGAUCCUCAGGGCCUGCAGCAACCUCGCAAGCAGCCUAGUCCUUGUAAAUCCAAAAGCCUGGGAGACUUGACGUCAGAUGACAUCUCUUGCAAUUUCGAAAGCAAGUACAAGUGCAUAAGUAAAAGUUUCAUUACAGCCGGUCUGCAAGACAAGAAAGGCGUCCCCUUAAAAGCCAAAGGGACGGAGUCUGCGGAUGCUCUCACAGAGCAGCUUCGAAGACUUGUGUCCUUUGACCAGGAAGACAGCCCCCACGUGCUGUACCCGAGGCCGGAGGAGAAGGCGUACCCCAAGGCGCUGGUGCGGAAGCUGUCCUCUCGCAGCCAGAGUCGGGUGCGGAACAUCGCCAGCAGGGCCAAGGAAAGGCAGGAAGCCGGCAAGCAGCGGUCAUUGCCCCCCAGCAGUGCUGCGGGAGUGGUGCUGAGGAGCAAGCCUACUGUGCCUGCACACGUAGUGAACAGACACUCCACCGGCUCCUACAUUGCGGGCUAUCUGAAUAACCUCGAGGGCCGCGGGAUUCCCGAAGGAGCAUGCACUUCCCUUCUCAAUGGCUACAUGGACCAGUUUUGCACAGAUGAUGCAGUCCUCCAGACUGAGCCGAGCAUCGAGGACAAACCAGAGAUUUAUUUCCUCCUCAGACUAUAAAUGCUAGAGACCUGUAAGAGGUAUCUCUUAGAGCUCCAGGACUUGCUGGGUUUUGUUUUGCCGUCCUUGGCUCCAGAAUGAUUGAGAAGGGUAUUCUUUAAGCUCGAAUACUGGGAUCCUUUGAAGGAAGGUGGACAAUUAUGUAAAUAGCUGCUGUGUUGUUUUCCCAAGAUUGCCUGAGUUUUUUUUCAGUGUUGUAAAAAUGUGUCAGUCUUGGAAUAAUAGCUGCAUGCCUGCCAUCGUUGUGAAGGUUCCACACGGGCCAGAUUCAUAACCCUUGUACAUUUUAAACUAAAUAUUUCUUUUCCUCUGUGCACGCCUUCAGAAUCCGGCAACAAAUGUAGUUUGUCGCCUUCUUCCUCGACCCCCAAAUUGUGGAGGUGUUAAAGCAAAAGUGUGAAAAAAGCAUCUGUCUGUCUUAAAAUUUUUUGAUAUUUUAUUGUUCAUGUUUGUUGAGGAAGACAGAUACCUUUUUUGGUUUCUAUGAAUGUUGUCGUUCAGCACCUGAGACAAGGGAGCAAAAUUAACCACCUUACCCUGGUUAGAUUUCCACUUGCCCCGAUUCAGGUGGGAGAGUUUCCACAAACUCAUAACUAGAUUUUUGUGUUUUCUUUUGUUUGUUUUGUUUUCCCAUCUAUUUUGGAGUAAGAAUGAAGGGGGGAGGGGAAAAGAGAAUGAAGAUAUUCUGUAUAUAAGGAUAGGAAAAUAUUUGUUUUACAUAAAUUUUGUUACAUAUUUUUGCUACUGGCUUUGUAUGUGACUCAAACUCAAUCACAAAGAUAUUUGCUGUACUUUGUAAUUUUCAGACUAAUUGGUUGACUGGAAGUACUAACUUUACAGGGAAAAAGGGGUGGGCUUGAAUUCUACUGUAGGAGGAAUAAUAAUAAUAAAAGACAGCAUAAAAAUUCCCAACACGUCAAAAAAUAUUUUCUCAGUAAUAUUAAAGACCAAAUGAACUGGUCAUCAGAUAUGGUUUCCCAUUACGGAUCCAUAACUUGGCUAUAUUUUUAAUGCCAAUAUACUUUGCUUUCACUGUGAACACAUUUCUGAUUGUAUGUCCAAAAUACCUCUUUUUUUUGGUAACAUGGAAUUCAUGAAAAUAUAAUUUAAAAAGAUUUUUAAGCACUUGUAUGAAUUUGUUGAAAUGGAAACAAAUAUAAUUCUUGUUGAACUGGA